UUCGUUUGAAAUAGAAAAAAUUAUGAGUAACCUACUCCAACAAAGUCUGAAAGUAUUUAUUCUAGGCUAUGUCCCCGAGGGACUUCUCAAUUUGGUGUUCUCCACUGACUGAGAGUGUUUCAUCAAACUAUAUACUCUGCAUAUUCUACGGAACGCGUAGACCUAUUCACGGAUCUGCUUACUUGUUUUAGAUGAACAGUUAUUGAAACCUGGAAAUACUCUGUCAUGCUUCAACGGAAACGUCAUGCAGUUAAACAAAAUAUAUUAGAGACACGGGAAGAAUGGAUCGGGCGCAACGAAAGUCUGGUGUAGGCCUAUCUGCUUUACAAGGCGUGUGACACAUUGAAGUGAGUUUGACAUGGCGUGCUGGCAAUGGUGCCGUCGGACCUGCGUUUGUUUCCUGGACGAUGAAGAGAGGCAGACUAUUGCUAUUGACAAGGAGAUUCAGAGGAUUCUCCGAAAGCAGAAGAAGAGAGAACGCAAAGAAAUCAAAGUUCUUUUACUCGGCACGGGGGAGAGUGGGAAAACCACCUUCAUCAGACAGAUGAGGAUCAUCCAUGGAAGAGGCUUCUCUGAGGAGGAAAGACGGGACUUCGCCAAGCUCAUCUACCAGAACAUCUUCACAGCUGUGAAGGCUAUGACCCGGGCCAUGAUUACCCUCAGACUGCCCUAUGCCUACCCAGAGAAUGAGAUGUAUGACAGGUGGGUGCAGGAUGUGGAUGUCUCUGUCACCCAGCUGGACAGAGGCAAUGUGGAUGCUAUCCGCCAUCUCUGGGCCGACCCAGGCCUCCGGGUCUGCUACAGCCGCCGCAGCGAGUACCAGCUGUUGGACUCCACAGAGUACUACAUGACAAAUCUGGACCGCAUAUCAGCCCCAGACUACAUCCCCACUGCUCAGGACAUACUGCGAGUUCGAUUCCCCACCACCGGCAUCCAUGACUACUCCUUCACUGUGGAGAAAAUCACACUCAGGAUUGUGGAUGUGGGUGGACAGAAGUCAGAGAGGCGGAAGUGGAUCCAUUGUUUUCAGGACGUCACAUCCCUCAUUUUCCUGGCUUCCCUCAGCGAGUACGACCAGGUCCUGGAGGAGAGAGAGACCGAUAACCGUAUGGAGGAGAGCUUGGCUCUGUUCUACACCACCAUCCAUUCCCCCUGGUUCCUCAACACCUCCAUCAUCCUCUUCCUCAACAAGACAGACAUCCUCGCUGAUAAGAUCCAGGCGUCCGACCUGCAGAAGUACUUCCCAGGGUUCACAGGAAAGCGACGUGAUGCUCAGGAUGCUAUGAAGUAUAUCCAGAAGAUGUAUACGCAGCAGACUCGCAGCCGGGACAAGAAGGAGAGCAAGUGGCUGUACCCCCACUUCACCUGCGCCACCGACACCAACAACAUCUGCAAUGUAUUCAAUGCCGUCAAGGACACGAUGCUCCUCAAGGUCAUCAAGGACUAUGGGGUGAUCUGAUGGGCCUUGGGGCCCUCCUGCCUGGGGAGCAACACUCAACCAACACUCAGGGCUGAAGAGACUCUCCCCUGAUCCCUUCCUCGCUCACUUUUCUCCUCUCUCCAUCUCAGCGCUGGGGAUGGGAAUGCUUUCUGGCCAAACCUUCUUAUUGUAGGAAGGAAUCUCAGACAGAAUGGACUCCUGAACACACACGCACACACACACACAGUACAGGAUCUGAUCAUAGGUUUUUUCCCCCUCUGGUUGUUAUUGUAUAAUGUUGUGCGCAAGGUCUUGAAGAUGCAGUGCUCUACCAGUGCUUGAAACUGGACUAGAGAUGUCAUGAAGUACUGUGCCUCCAUUAUGUUAGUGAUGACUUUAGCAGGUGGAGAGGAGAACUCUAUAGUCCAUAUGUAUCACCAACACCACCAUGUUGAUAGAAAAUGCCUCUGCUCUAGAGAUCCCUACAGAAGCUUCCACUCUGUGUGUUGAAUGAACGCUACUGUACACGUGUUGUAGUCAUUACAUAACAUAAUACACCAUUUACACUAAUACGUUUACACUUAUGAGAAGGUGCCACCAAAGAAGGCUUGUGUAACAUUUUGUGUUUGCUUUGUCUUUUAAUUUGUUUUAUUGGUUGAUAGCUGUAUAUUUCUCGCUGGAUUCCAGGUGUGAGGUGAGGUGUGAUGAAGGCGGGAAAUGUGAGAGUUGAUGGGUUCCCCUGACACAGUAUGUUAUGCAAUGCAAUGCUGUACUACACUGUUAGGAUUCUUGGUUUGGUUCAUUGUGGAUGUUCUUGUCUCUUCCCAUAAUGUGCUUGCUUUUCGACCAAUCACUAACUGCUAUACAUUGAGUUCAUAUGGGAACAACAAUACCAGUGAAUCAAUACAUUGCCCAACAAAUCAGAGUC